UGUUGUUGCGACUUCCAAGUGGAAUGUUUAAAAACUAUAAUAAAAUUAGUAUAUAGGUUUAGUUACGAUUUAUAUUUAUAUUUACCUGUCUCCGUAAUAAUUUUCAAAAUUGAAUUUCUGUGUAAAAAGUUUUGUUUUGCACACAAUUUGACUGUACAUUUUCAUCUAGUUAUUGUAUUUGUGUAAUUUCCAAGCAGUGAUGGGUCCGCCUCCUGUGGUAACUGGUAUAUCACCUAAGGAAGGGCCUCCUGGCACCAGAGUAACUAUCAGAGGCGAAUUUUUAGGAACAAGCGUAACCGAUUUAAUAGGUCUCAAAAUAUGUGGAUGUGACUGCUUGCUCUCUGCUGAAUGGAAAAGUCGAAAUAAGAUAGUAGCAAGAUCUGGGCCUUGCAAAGGAAGAGGAGAUAUUAUAGUCACUACAAAAUCUGGAGGCGAGGGUACUUCUACUGUUCAGUUUAGAGGUUAUCAUGAGUCAAUAGGCCCAGUAAAGGAGAGUGCAGUAUGGGUGGAGGAGGCGGCCCCCCCGGCACUACCUUGGGGGAGACGGCCCAUGUCCCCCACGGCUUAUACCCCACCUGACCCAUUAGGGCUUGCUACUGAGGGGGAUGAUUGUAAGUUCCCUGAAGAAGAGCUUAAUGAACUGUUCCCAGAUGGAUCUGGGAAGCUUUCUGAGGAGAACUUUCAACCAGGAUGGUAUUUGUUGGAACAUCAUAGUAACACUUCAUUUGAAGACUUGAAAGCAGGAAUGGUAUUUCUACAGAGAAAAGUGGAAGGUCAAAAAGAAGGGCAGCUUAGCUUUCUGAAAGCUAAUACUGGAGCUGUUAUGGAUCAAUUGGAUCGUCUUGUUCUUCUAAAAAACAUGUAUGAAGAAGAUCAAAGAAAGAAUGGCAAGGAACCAUUGCCCAGCUUACAGGCAGCUAUCGAAGAAUCCAUAAUGUUAGCGGACUCACUUUUUUCUGAAAUAUUAUCCCGAAAGGAGAAUGCAGAUAAGACACGAGAGGCGCUCUCGCUUUUGACGAGGCACAAGUUUUUAUUCCAACUACCCGCAUCCAUAGAUAAAAAUAUUAGAAAAAAGGAAUACGAUUUAGUUGUUAAUGACUAUACGCGAGUUAAGAACUUGUUUGGGAAUACUGAUGUAAAGCUUUUCCAAAAAAUCUUAGAUGAAAUCGACAAAAAGAUCGAGGAUUUGAAAGAAAAUUUGUUUAUGCGCAUGAAAACAAUGCCAUGUAAUGUCCAAGAGCAAACGAAAUACAUAAGAUUGCUGAUAAGUUUAAAUUGGGACGGUGAUGCGGCUUGGAUUGCUAUUACAACACGAAAAGAUUACCUCAUGAGUCUUAUGAACAAAGUAAAGGAUCAUUUUAAACAAAAGGAAGAUCAAGAAAUAAGUGAAAAAGGUAAACGCAAAUCGCGCGAAGACAACGAGGGCAGCUGGAGCACGUUGCGCGCGAAUUGGUGCGCGUGCGCGUGCGGCGCGCUCGCGACCGAGCUGCACGCGCUGUGGCCGCUCGCGCGCCGCUACUUCGCGGGCGAGCUCGCCGGCUGCCCCACAGACCCGCAGCGCCAGGCGGACCUCAAGGAGAUGAUCAUAGCCGCGGUGGAGGUGUUCUCGGAGCACAUGCGCGCGUGUCUGCUGGCGGGCGGCGGCGCGGCGCUGCCGGCGGACACGCUGCGCGCGCGCCUCGUCGCCAACCUGCGCCACUUACGGGACGCGUAUGAGUCGCUGCUGAAGUUGGAUUUGCCUUCACAGCCAUUGAGUAUCGUGGAGAAAGUAAUAUUCGAUUAUCGAGUACACGGCAUGACAGUGUUUUUGCAACGCGCACACAAGCGAGUGAAGGGACUCGCUGAUAAAGAGACGUGGAAGAUUGAGGAGUUUUCUGAUUAUGGUGCUAUCACAAAUCUCCCGAACCUUCUGGAAACCUACAUGAACGACGCGCUGUCAUCGAUCCACAAAUGCGUGUUUGUGAGCGGGCGGCGCGAGAGCCCGCUGCUGGGCGACGGCGGCGAGCCGCUCGGCGCGCUGCAGAAGCACACGCAGCAGAUCCUGCUGGCCUACGUCGCCGUGCUGCGCAACCUGGCGCUGCACCACGACGACCAGGACUUCAACAACACAAGUCUAUCAGUGGCUCUCGACCAGCGGCUAGACGAAAGCGGCGAAGGUGGGACUCGUUCGUGGCAACAACGACUGCUCAUAGCGUCCGCCAAUGCACAAUACACAAGAAAAGUCAUACUGACAAACAUCUCUACCUCGUUUGAAAACUAUGAGUUUCCGAAACCGGCUCUAGCGCUACAGGCAACAAAAGACGCAUUAAGCGAUCUGGAAUCUAGUAUUGCGGAAACAUACAUAGAACAAAAAGGAGAUCCUCUAGUGGGUACUAUUGAGCCCAGCAUGUAUAUGGGAAGGCAUAAGAUCGACCCUGACGUUAUGGUGGAUGACGCUAGACCAUAUGUGUAUGAGAUAAUUAAUAACCUCAUCGCAGUACAUGCAGAGGUGGACAGCAUCUGCGGCGCGGCGGCGUCCCGCUACGUGCGCGACAUAUGCGAGACGGUGUGCGAGGAGGUGGCGCGGCUGGCGGCCUGCGCGCCGCCGCACAGCCGCGCCUCCGCGUUCCGCGCGCGCCUCGAGUGCGCGCUGCUGCGCCUCGCCUGCGCGGACCACCUCACCAGGAAGGCUGAGAGUCAUCUUAUUGAAUCGCUUGCUGGUUUGCCUCCAUUAGAUAAUGAAGAAGAUAAAAAACGCAUGGACAGUUUGAUUCAAGGAUUUAAGAAACGAAUGGAACUUCAAUUGGCCUGUCUCAAUUGUAAUAUGGAGACUGUGUAAUAAUGAAAAUGUUACUGAAAACGUGUUAUUUAUAUC